GUCAGCUCGUCCGGCCAGCGGCAUGGAGCCCCCGACGUCCAGGAGCAAGGACAAAGUGAAGCCAGACAAGAUGCAACUGAACUGGGCUUUGGAGUACCAUACUUCAGUCUUUGAGCGUGCUUCUUCGGAUGUGGUACUUAUCGAGUCUUUCUACCUGCAGCAGCAGAUCCACUGGGAGAUCGAGAAAUACUCCAGUCCGCGUCUUUCAUCACCCCAGACAAUGCGGACCAUGAGGAAUCUGCACAAGCUCCUCUCUCGCAUGAGCUUGAAGCAGAUGAUUCACUUUGUCCGGCAUAGCCCUGUUUGUGACAGCUUCCUCGACAAUGUGCAGACACAGAUGGCCUCCUUUACGGUAGGCAAUACGAUUGACGUCAACGAUGU